UCAAGGAAAACGUGAAUUGAUUUUCGUGUAAUAUUUGUUCAAAUUGAAGGGGUAUCUUCUGAUAAGUCAGUCUUAUAUAUUAAGCCUAAAAUUCUCAGGGUUCUUCUCAUACACAAAUUAUAGAUAGAUUCUUCUUUUUCUUUUUAGCUAGCCGCCAUUGAUGGACUCUGAGAAAGUUAUGGAGCUGUUUAAUUCCUGCUGGUUUGAGAUGAAAAUCUUAGAAAGACCAACAAGAUCAUCAAGUUUUGAAGCUAACCCGGAUCACCAAAUCGAAGAAAAUCCGUCAAAAGACUCAAAACCUAAAGAUUUUUCACGCAUCCCAACGAUUCAUAGAAGGUCCAUGAGUGCUCAGUUGAGCUCGGAUACAAGCUUCAAUUCGUUUUCUCUUUCGCCAAACUCGGUUCUUUCCACACCGAAGCUUCAAACAAUUAUCUCAGGAAAAGAAAUUGCAGAAGAUGGAGAAGAUCAACCAAAACAAGCUCAUGUUUUCAAGAAAAAAGCUGCCAACCCUCGUAGAAAAAAGAAAAUUAGUCAAAGUAAGAGCUUAUCGGAUUUGGAAUUUCAAGAACUGAAAGGGCUUAUGGAUCUAGGUUUUGUUUUCACGGAAGAAGAUAAUAAAGAUUCGCGACUGGUGGAGAUUGUUCCCGGCUUACAAAGAUUGAGAAAGAUGGAUGAAACAGUGGACACUAUUGUUGAUAAAUCUCCUGUUUCGAGGCCUUAUCUCUCUGAAGCUUGGGAAUUUAUGGAUAGCGAGAGGAAAGAAAAUAAUCCAUUGACGAACUGGAAAAUUCCUGCUGUGAGUAAUGAGAUUGACAUGAAAGAUAAUCUCAGAUGGUGGGCUCAUACUGUUGCAAUAUCUGCAGUUAGAUAAUGAACUUCCAAUAAUCCACGGUUCAAACUUUCAUUUUUAUUCAUAUUUCUCUUCUUCAAGAUGAUGCUUCUAGUCUUCUUGUUUUCAUUUUUGAGCUGUAACAAAUUGUACAUUGUAAAUAAAAGUAAAUUUUAGUUUUUUUUUUUUUUUUUUUUUUCCACUUUAACUUUGAAGUUUCAAGCCUUCUUUGAUUGCAGUUUACAGAUCUCCUUAAUCUAAAGUUUUGAUGAUAAA